AUGAAGGAGGAAAAGAGACGCCCGAAAGCAGAGGGCGGCCGGCAGGCGUGCAGCGCCACCCGGAGCUCCUCCCACUCUCUUCCACCUGUGAAAAAAAGCGAAACGAAACCUGCCGUCUCCUCCUGUCUCUUCUCCCGCCCCAAGUCCGAGACCCCACUCACGAAGCUCAUCAAAUCUUGCCCCCAGUCCUCUGUCUCUUCAUCUGGCUCUUCUUCCAAGACGACGGCGUGGACAUGUCGGGCAGACAAGCAGGCAGCGUUGGCGCGAGUUCGUGCGGCGCAGCAGCUUGGGAAACCGCGUUCGGGAGCCUCGGCCUGCAAGAAGGAAGGUGACUUCCAUGUCCCACCGGCGGUGAAGAAGCCGCGACGUCGAAAGACACGCAGAAGAAAGGGGAAGGCCUCGCGCAGGCGCCGGAGGCCGACCGCCGCCCAGCGGGCUGCGGGUCGCGCGACGCUGCUUCGCGAAGUGCGCCUGUCGCCCCUUCUGCGGGAAAUCGUCUUCGCCGUAUAUUCGGAGAAAAGGCACGAGGCGGGAGAGCUGCGCAUGUCCCGGCCGCAGGUCACGCAGUGCAUUUGGCAGUACGCCAAGACGCAGAACCUGCCGCGCGAAGGCGACGGGAAGACGGUCUGGUGCGACGAGAGGCUGAGGAACCUCUUUGGAGGCAGAGAAAAAGUCGACCUUUUUCGCGAGCUCCAGUCUCUCCUAGUGCCGCACCUUCUCUUCUACGAAGAAAGCGACUACGCAGACUCAACUCAGGGGCUAGCCGAAGGCGAAGACAGUGGAGACGAAGAAGGAGACAGUGGCGACGAAGAAGGAGACAGCGGCGACGAAGAAGGAGACAGUAGCGACGGAGAGGAGGAGAGAACGGAGAGGACGAGGAGAGGCGGUGAGAGAAGGGAUAGAGGGCGAACGGCGGGAGGCAGCGGAGGUUUUUCAGACUCGAGCGAGACCAGCAGCGACAGUUCGAGCGCAGGAUCCUCGGGAGACGAAGACAGCGACACAGAGAACAGCGAAGAGGAGAAGGAAGACAAAGGGCAAAGCGGGACAGGAAAGAAAACCCAGGGGAGAGGAGAGCACGAAGAGAGCGGAGAAAAGGAAGCGAGAGACAGUGCAAGAAGAGGUGCUGGGACAUCAGGGAGAGACGAAGGAAGGGCGGCAGAACAGACAGGAAUGGCGAGGAGAAGGAGACUCCUCAGGUGCGACUCUUCUUCCAGUGACAACGAUUCUUCAAAUGAAUAUUCAACAGAACGCAGACAGGAACGCGUACGUCUUUCAGCUUCUUCCUCCUCUCCAUCUUCCUCUGCGUCGUCCUCCUCUGUAUCUUCCUCUUCCUCCUCUCCAUCUUCCUCUGCGUCUUCCUCCUCUGUAUCUUCCUCUUCCUCGUCUCCAUCUUCCUCUGCGUCUUUCUCCUCUUCUUCUUCCUCUUCCUCCUCUGCAUCUUCCUUUUCCUGCUCUUUAUCUUCCUCUUCUUCUUCGUCCUGUCCUUCGUUCUCGAGUAACAGGUGGGGGGAAGGAGUAGGUGAGGGCGGGGAAGACGCUGAGGAGAGGAGAAGGCGCAUUCGCUUGGCUGUCUCUGCAGCUGUCUCGAGCGCGGGCGAGAGUGACAGCGUAUGGAGCAGUCGCGUCGGACAUCAGACUGGGGUGUCUAGGCAGGUCGCGGUUCCACCGCUGCCGCCGCGCGCGGAAGCAGGCGAGGGCCGGCUGCGGGGCGAAGGCGGCGGCGCGGAGAACUCGAUCUUUGUCGCCGACAACCUGGUACGAGUUGAGCAUCCGAGACAACCUGCGAGUGCAGGGGAAGCGGACGCCAUGCAGAGAAACACACGAGACGCAGGAGAGAGAGGAGACAGGCGAGAGAGAGGAGACAGGCGAGAGAGACGAGACAGAAGAGACGACAGGAGAGACAGAGACGGAGGCUCUACAGAUGCUGUUGCAGCCGCGGAAGAGGAGAGACGCGGGAGCGACCGCGGCGCGUCGAGAAGCGACACAGGGCGAGAGAAACGAAGAAGAAGAGAGGGAGAUGGUUUGAUUUCUUCCUCGGAGUCGAGCGCCGACGAAAGAAGAAAGAGGACGAGGUCGGGCGGAGAUGCGUCGUCAGGUGAAGACAGCAGCUGCGAUUCUCUCAGUCGGCUGUUUCCGGGCCGUGGAAGGAGGCAGAAGUUUUCUGAACUUCCCAGAAAGAGCGAAGAAGACCAGCGAAAGUGUCUGUUUCCUUCACACUCUGCUUCGCCUCCUCCUCAUCCUCUCCCCAGCGCCCCCGGCGGGGCGACCUCGCUCUCCGUCUCGAUCCCCAGCGAGGAGUCUGGGGUGUACAUACACCUCACGGCGAUCACAGCGACGUCCGUGGCGCCCGCGUUCGAGGUGCGACCUUCGCGCCGCGUCGCCGCCGCCUUCUUGGAAGGCCGGCUGAGUUUUCAGCUCCAGUUUUUUCCGGUUUUUCCCGUGAAGACAAAGGGAGGGGGAGAGGGCGAAGGACAGACGCUUAGCCGAGGCGAAUGCGUGAAGAGCGAAGAAACGUCUUGUGCGACAGAGACAGCCUACAGCGAGCUCGCGAGGAGAGAGGCUGAGGCCGCCGCAAACUCGGGCGCCUUUUCUCCAGCUGGCGGUUCGGUCUCUUCGGGUGUACGGACAGCCCAGGAGCGCGCGCGGGACGAGAAGGAGGAACCCGAGGACCGCGGCGCGGCGGCGAAGAAUCCAGUCAAGUACUUGCCGGUGGACACGACGCUCGACCGCGCUCCAGAGACUGGCCGCCUGCGUCUUCGCGGUGUCUGCCGCGUCGGCGAACUCGACCCGGCAUUUGCCUACCGGUUUACUCUCCAAGCGCUCAAACAGACACCCACGAAGAGAGACGGACGGGAGUCUGAGGCAUCAAAUGGAACUUCUUCCUCUUCUUCCUCCUCUUCGUUUUCGCUGUCUGCGCACGAUUUGGCGGACGCGGUGUUGAUGCAGAGACUGUCUCCUGCGUUGUGGGGUGUCUCCGAAGUGUCUCUUUUUCUGCAGUCCCUCUUGGUUCCUGGGCUGGCGGCCGCGGGCGAGGCUUGCGGACUCGACGGCCUGGGAGUGAUGGAGUUGCGCGAAGAAGACUUGACGAGUCUCGGAGUUCACGCGCCUUUCCUCAGGCGACGCGUUUUGGAGGCGCUGCGCAGGCUGAAGGCAGACGUGGCGAGGGUGGAAGCAAAGGCAGAGGAGGAUGAAGAAGAACGAAGGAGCCCGUGCCCAGGGUGA